CCCCCUUUCUAUCUUGUACCCGGAGACUCAGAGUGCUACAAACCGUAAUGUGGCCGAGGUGGCACGCCUCUACAAGAUCAGAAUACGGCUAGAGACGCCGUUCGAUACGCCGCCACUUUUCUUCAGCAAGCAGGGAAUUGAGUAUGGGAAGAUGAGUCAUGAGGUCGAAAUAACAAGAUAAGGCGUGUUGCUUAAAUCCGAAGUCAAGUACGAGUAGAAGGGUGCCGUGUGACUAGGCCGGAGGCUGUGAUAAUGCGAGUAUCCGAAAGCCGCGGUGCUCAUUAGAUGGCGAAAAUGUGAUACCGUAUGGAAUUUCUUGUACGAUGUGACACAGACGCAACCUACAUAUCGACGCGAUUCCCCGCUCUUCUCUCUGCUCUUCUUUUCACCAAACUCAUCACACCAAAUUGCUGCAACAUAAGCCAACAACGCUCGCCAGAGGAGCAGCCUGCAGUGCUUCCAGUCCAAGACGAAGCGUCUAGCAAUGAUUGCUUGCUUCCCUUCCUUGAUCCAUCCAUAUCUAACGAGUCUAGCUUUCCAGAUUCCGAUGGCAAUGUCAGAGUGCAACCAAACGUAGCCGUCGUCAACCAUGCAGCCAACUUGUAUGGAGACACCGUUCCUUUCAUCUGCUUUGGCAUCUUUCAUGCUAACACGUGGCUUAGGAAUUUGUUGAAGCAAGCCUGUGCUGCCGAUCGAAAAGCCUCCCUUGAGCUCGCACGAAACAUCCGAGAUCUCCUCCCCCGCGAGCUCCGCGACGAGAUCUACAAGUUACUCAUGCCCGACCGAGUGAACCUCUGCGUGCCGCUUGAUGUACUCGCACGCAACGACCACACCACACAAGAGCCUGGCAAGAAGAAUGGGCCAACGGUGCUUGUACCCUUCCUACGUUGGUGAAGAGGUCGCUAGAGAGGCCCUGGGAACUUUCUACGAGGUAGCCGAGCCUGAGUUCACCCCCGAACACCAAAUGUGGGGUGCUCUACAUAACGAUGUCUUUGGACUUGGUGUCGUACCUGCAGACUAUGUCAGACGACUUCGGCUGUUUCCUAGCUCUGGCUUUAGAGAAGUUGGUUCAAGUCG